GGCGGCGCAGGCGCUCACCGCCGGGGCCCUCAUGGGAGCUGGGGAUGUGAUUGCACAGCAGCUGGUGGAGCAGCGGGGGCUGCGCGGGCACCAGUGCCCCCGCACCCUGAAAAUGAUGGGCAUUGGCUUCUGCUUUGUGAGCUGGAGCAGGGCCGUGUAACCAGCCCUGGAGCCCCCCAGCCCUGACCACUGUGACCAGUGAGGACAGAUGCUGCUCCUCACCUGCUGGCUCCUGCAGGGCCCUGUUGUGGGCAGCUGGUACAGGAUUCUGGAUUGGCUCAUCCCGGGGAAUACCAAAGUUGUGGCUGUGAAGAAGGUGCUCCUGGACCAGGGGGGUUUCGCUCCAUGUUUCCUUGGCUGCUUCCUGGCUGUCACAGGGGCCACCAACGGGCUGUCGGUGCAGGACAACUGGUCCAAGAUCCAGCAGGACUACAUGGAUGCCCUGGUGACCAAUUACUAUCUGGCCACCCGUGCAAAUCGCCAACUUCUACUUUGUGCCCCUGCAGCACAGGCUGGCUGUUGUCCAGUGCGUUGCCAUCGUCUGGAACUGCUACCUGUCCUGGAAAGCGAAUCGGAUGUGAGGCGGGGCCGUGUCCCGUCCCUGUCCCCAGCCCGUGCACUGCCUGACCACAGGUGGCCGUGGGCAGGCUGGGACAGGCAGGUCCUGGCAGCACCGUCCCGCUCUGUUCUCAGGGGAGCACCGUCCCCUACGGCCACAGCCCCCCUGCCCCAGGGAGAAGGUGGUGCCAGGACAGGCCUGGAUCUGCUCUGGCUGCUGUGCGGCAGCCCUGCCCACGAGGCAUUUCUCCAUCUGUGCUCAGCCAUUUCUGAGCCCUUGCCUGCUCACAGGGUGGUCCUGCCCCGAGUGCCACUCUGACCUUCCCCAUGGCACAUCCUGAGGGAAAAGAGGGGCAGAAAUGGAGCAGGGCUGGCCCUGGGCUGGCUGUGCCGUGGGCACAGAACUGGCAGCACUGCAGGCUGGAGAUGCUCCCCUGAAGAUGGGGUCUGCUGUGGCUCUGCUGUGGACAGUCAGAGCAUCAAUAAAUGCUGGUCUUCA